GAAACUCUUCUCAAGACCUUCAUCAGACCAAGAGACUUCAGACCCAGUUGCUCACAAAAUCAGCCGUCACCUUUUCAAGGCAACAUAAAACAAAGAUCCCAACAAACCACAAACUCACGAACCAAGAACAACCAACAGAGACACAAAACCACAAAACACAAAACACAAAACACAAAACACAAAACCACAACCACAAAACACAAAACAAUCAAGAUGGCAAACUGGUUCGACAACAAGACUCAAGCACCCAUGGGCUGGGCGCAACGACUGCUGCUGGAACAGGAACUAAAGAUCCGCAGUCCCCAGAACAUCCCGCUCGCUGCCUCUCGAAGGGUAUACAGUCCUCUGGCGGCUUCUCGUCGCGUCUACAGUCCACUUGCGCACCUUCACAACAGUGGCAGUCAAUCUCCUCAGCUCUCUCCUGCUCUCAUGAACAAGACAUUGGCUCAGCUAGAAACGCAAGCACAAGACUCCCGUCUUCAUAAGUUGGCAACUGUUGCCACCAGCACAUCCCUCGCCUUGGACUUGGCGCGAAAGCAAAAGCUUCGGUAUCAGCAACAACAAGAACUCCAUCAGAGACAAGUGCAAAUCCAGGAACAAAACAGCAACUGUAUCACGGAACCAUCGAAUAUCGAUGUGUUGCUUGGCCGUGGCGGACGCUCCAACCAUCAUGUUGGCAAUGAACGUUUCCGAGAACUUAUCCGCAGCAACCGACCACGCUACAAUGAUCUCCCCAAGCACGAGAAGAUCAAGCUAAGUCGUGCCGUUGUUGCCACUAUCCAUGAACUUGGUGGACGCUUCUUGGAGCCAGCCAAGGACGGCAAGUACUAUGUGGUGGCUCCCAACAAGAGGGCAGUCGAGAAGACGUCUCAGUGCUUGCGAGAAAAGCGAGCUGAUGGACCCCAAAAGUCAAUAUCGGCCGCUGCCAUGAAGGCUGCCGCCGCCAUCAAAAUGGCCGCACCCCGCCCCACCUUGGAGCUUGUCAGAACCACUUCCGGGGCCGCCUGAACCAAGAAUACAACCGCGAAGAUCGACACAUAUCAGCCAACACAACUCCCAAGCGUUGAUGCUGCUAAGGGACAGCAACACUAGAAACAACUCAUAGCCCAACUAGCCAGUAGCACUUACUUAUUCCAAGAUCACUCAUUUGCCGCAAGCAAAUCAGGCUGCGUUGCUGCUGCAGCGGCAGUACCAGUA